UUGUAUAGAUUUAACUAAUUAGAUUUUGCUUGAGGGACCGCGCGUGAGUCAAAAUCUAGUAUCUAAUAAAGACAAAAAAACAUUCCGACACUGAAGCUACGCAAUUUAUACAACUAUGCCAAAUAGUCCCAUAAAAAAAAAAAAAAAAAAAACGAUAAAGUUGCACGAGUGUGACAAAUGGGAAAGGACGAAAGGUUAAUAAAUUGUCCUUGAAUAAUGAAGAUACAAAUGAAACUUCCUGCACGCGUAUCUCACGCCAUAUUUGGCACGUCAACACAAUCCAGAACCGUUACCCAAAUACUAACCGCCUUUCCUCUCAUCAUUCCUUUCUUUUUAAAACCAAAUUGAUAUACUAAUUCCAGCUGCUAUGCCACCACUAUUUAAUUUAAAGUUUAAACCAAACUAUGUGCUAUCUUUUCAUUUUUAUCUAUAGGCUAAAACUUCCAGCUCUUCUCCUUUCUAUUUUAAGCCCAUCCACAAAAGCGUUAGUUGCAUAUAUAGAUACACAUUCUCCUUCCAUACACAUAACAUAUUUCACCUCCAACUUUAAUUUCAUUCAAAAAAUAUUUCUAGCUCUGAUUACUACAAUUAUUCUUAAAAAUGAUGUCUAGCAUUUUAAAGAGGUUUAACAAGAACAAGAAGCGCCCGCCACUUGAUGUCUGUGUCUCCCCUUCACCAUUACCUUCUCAAUUGCCGUCGUCUUCGCCAUCGUCGUCCGUCGAUUCUUUCGUGGAGAGAGAUUCCAAGAAUAUGGAGAAAGUCUUCAGAUACAUAGAUGAAGACGGAGACGGCAAAAUCUCCCCAGCGGAGCUACGACGAUGCGUGAAGGCAGUAGGCGCGCAACGACUGUCAGUAGAGGAGGCGGAAGCAGCGGUGGAAUGCUCAGACUCAGACGGCGAUGGGCUGCUGAGUUUGAACGAUUUCGAAAGGUUGAUGAAAGGCAAUGGACUAUCAGAAGAGGAAAAGAAGGAUGAAUUACGAGAAGCAUUUUUAAUGUACAAUGACAAUAAGAAGAAGAAGAAGAAGGUGUCAUCAGGUGUCAUUACACCUAAAAGUUUGAAGAGAAUGUUGAGUAGACUUGGCGAUCAUAAAUCUAUUCACGACUGUAAAGAUAUGAUUCGCGUAUAUGACCUCAAUGGAGAUGGGGUUCUUUCUUUUGACGAGUUUGCUAUUAUGAUGCGUUGAAUUAUUUACAAUUUUAUUUCCUUUGCCAAAGACUUUUAUUGUAUAAGGGCCGAUUACUAAGUCAUGUUGUAUUUAAUGGAGUUGGAAAUUGGCGGCUCGCCUGAAAUCAACUACAAUAAGUAAAGGGUGUGUAAAUUAUUAAUAUGUAUACGUUGUCGUUGACUAGGCUUCCAUUUUAGGUUGACAAUCAUGUACAUUUUUUUUUUUUUUUAAUAUUGUAAGAUAAAUAAUCUUUGGAUUACAGUGCAAAAAGUUCAACCAAAAGACCCCGACACUUAGAUAAAUGGGGAGUUAUAAGAAAAAUUCUCCUACAAGUGCUCCUCUAUUGGUAGAAUUUGAGGUGAAAUUCAAAGUAUAACUCCUACCAAAUAAGCCAAGUUAAACUGGUUGAUAAUCAUGUAAAUAGAAAUAUAAUAAUAGUCCCUUCUUCACGUGUAUUUUUUUGAGUUUUGCAUUGUAAACAAAGUUACUGAUGUUGACAGAAGAAUUUUACUAACAUAUUAAUAUACUAUUAGUGUAUAUUUUCUA